CUGUUCUGAGAAAAAAACACGAAUGGACCCACACGUUAACUUUAUAUGAAGACAACACCGUGAAUCUCAAUGAAGGCCCAGGAAUGGAUUAUAUUUACGUGUUGCCUCUAUGGUUUGUGCGCAACAGGAGGUCUAGGAACACCCAAUGCUGUGAUGAGCCUUUUAUCUGUAACCCUUUAUGUUCAGAGUUCAAAUGUGUAGGUUCUGAAGCCCCCAUCACUCCACAUUUUGGAGUCUCAGUCAUCUAACUGAUUCAACAUCCAUACAUCCAUCAUUAUAAUGUAUACUGGUGCAUCAGAAAUGGAAGAUACGCUGAUGAAGAAGCUCUUUUCGAAAUAUAACGUCAAAGUGCGGCCUUCAAAGACACCACAGGAAAGGGUCGUUGUUAGGAUUGGCAUGACCCUGUCAUCAUUCGUCAGCCUGAACAUGAAAGAUGAGGAAAUGAACACUAUUGUUAUCAUGAACCUGGAGUGGAAUGAUUAUCGUCUUUCUUGGAACCCAAAAGAGCAUGCUGGAAUUGAUGUGUUGCGUAUCCCGUCUGCAAAAGUGUGGCUUCCUGACAUUGUUCUCAUCAACAAUAAUGACGGGGUGUUUGGUGUAGCUCUGCAGGUGCACGUACAGGCCUACAGUAACGGCCGGGUGACAUGGACACCACCUGCACUUUUCCGGAGCUCUUGUGGAGUGAAGGUGACAUACUUUCCAUUUGACUGGCAGAAUUGCACGAUGGUUUUUCACUCGUACACAUAUGACGCCUCAGAAGUAGAUCUGCAGCACGGACUUGAUAAGAAGGGAAAUGAAAUCCGAGAGGUAGUCUACGACACAGGCUUUAGCGAGAGCGGAGAAUGGCACAUUCGUCACAAAGUUUCUAGGAAGAAUGCGCGAGAUGACCUGUACGAGGACAUUACCUUCUACCUGAUCAUUGAAAGAAAGCCCAUGUAUUAUGUGUUUAACAUCGUCCUGCCCUGUAUCCUCAUCACCAUCAUUGCCAUCUUUAACUUCUAUUUGCCACCGGAUGCAGGAGAGAAGAUGGGUCUUUCCAUCAACGUGCUGCUGACUUUAACUGUCUUCCUGCUGCUGUUGGCCAACAAAGUCCCAGAAACCUCUCUGGGUGUGCCCAUCAUUGUCAACUACCUGAUGUUUACCAUGAUCCUGGUUACAUUCUCCGUCAUCCUCAGCGUUGUUGUGCUCAACCUUCAUCAUCGAUCACCCAACACACACCAGAUGCCCCUGUGGGUGCGCAAGAUCUUUAUCCACAUGUUGCCCCCGUACCUAGGGCUAAGGCGACCCAAAGUGGAGACCCCUCUGUAUCUUGAGAAGCCUCCCAAAAAGGAAAACACUCAGGCCAUCAGGAGACUGGCAGACGAGUACUUCAUCCGCAAGCCGAAUAACACCAGCUUCCUUUUCCCCAAACCAAACAGGUAUCAGCCAGAGGGUCCGUGCACUGACCUGAGGAAGUUCAUUGAUGGGCCCAGUCAUUACCUGACUCUUCCUCCAGAGCUAAAGGGUGCCGUGGAUGCCAUCACCUACAUCGCCGAGCAGCUGCAGGCUGAGAAAGAUUAUGAGGCUUUGAAGGAGGACUGGCAGUAUGUUGCCAUGGUGGUCGAUCGACUCUUCCUCUGGAUCUUUGUGAUUUUUACCACCGUUGGGACGCUGGGCAUUUUCGCUUAUGCCAGCUACAAUACCACGCCCACAGACCCCUUCAUGAGCACCUAAGCCCAAAGGUCAUCUCUCCAACCAUUGACUUUUCACUCUGAAAGCUUUGACCUGAGAUCUGUUAUGCAUUGCUGCGAAAUCAGUGCAACUAUAAGAGUGGUAGUGCAGUAGUGUUUCAGUAUUUCAGUUAAAGGUGGGGUGCAUGAAGUGUAAAAUUAUGCUUUAAUGUAAGAAUCAGAGGCAGACACUACUUGAGUAUUUUAGUAAGUUUUCCAAGCAUCUGUGCUUUUUUUUAAAAAAUUUCACUACAUUCUAAAGCACAGAAUAAUACUGUGUAUUCCUUUUAUAUUGCAUAUUAAAAUUGAUUUAAUACCUAAUUACAUAAAAUUUGUGUACUUUUACUUUUCUUGAGUAAAAGUACAAAAGUACUUUUGACUUAAGUAAAAGUAAAAAAAAAAACUAGAUGUUGAAUGUACUUAAAUAUUAAGUAUAAACCAAGAACUUGAAAUUAUGAAAUGUAGUGGAGUAAAAAUGAUGAUAAUAUGCUUUGGAAUG